AUGACGUUCGAGGACUACUAUCAGGCCAUGGGAACACAACGAGAUAUGCUUCGCACUCCAGCGCGGGAGGCAGCGAUUGAGACGGAAAAGGUGGCGAUUCGAAACCAGCUGAGCGCGGGGGUUGAAAAGGCGAUCAGGUUCCGGAGCCGCGCAAUGCCGCGGAGCACCAGUGCGAAGUGCGACGACACCAUCCAGCACAACCAGAUGGCCGUCUACGGCCUAUGCAAGCAGCAGGAGCGCAUCGCGAUGAGCCCCACGAGGAUCGCGGCCAGCAGGAGCCCAAACGCAGACGAGGAGAUCGAGUGCACCCACGCGGCGGAGUUCAGGCAGCAGCCGGACGAGAACAGCAAGGCGAUUGAGCACUACCGCGGCGACGAACCGAUGGGCGUCGCGGAAGACGUGCGGCUCGUCGGCUUCGACGAGGCGCUCAGCGCAGACCGCGGCACAGGCGGAGACGCCCAGAUGGCGCCCGCGGAGCCGAAGCCUCCGCAGGAGGCCCCGGCGGAGAUGCCAGAGGAGCCGCCCGCGGGCGCGGAACACCUGAAGGUGUCAUUCCGGCUGCCGACGGGAAAGAGAGAGACCAGGCGCUUCCUGCCAGCGGACCCCGUGGAGAGAAUGGUCAGCGCCGCGCCGCCGCCUGCCGGCGGCGUGGCGGCCACGCGGUCUGCCACCGGCGGGGGGGGGCCGGCGCGUGCUCACUGCAUCCGGAUGCCCGCGGUGGCGGUCGAGUCUCGGGACGCGGGUCUGGGGCCAGAAAGGGAGGCGAACCCGGCUAAGAUUGCACCGGGCGCCGCUCCCGCCCGCUCGCGCGGCAGGCCCCCCCGCCAGUGCAAUGGCCGUGGCUCGCGACCAGGACGCGCAGGCCGAGGGCGGCGGCGUGAUGCUCCACGGCAGCGGGGUGACCCUCCGGAUCCGCAGCACGCACGGCGGCGCCCGGGCCCCGCAGGACGGCGGCGCAGCGCGCGCGCCGCUCGCCGCCGCGGGUCAGGACGCGCCCCUGGACCCGCCAGCUCGCGCGAGGAGGCGUCCCAAGACGCCAGGCGAUGGCACCAGCCCGCCUCGCUCCCGACGAAGGCUGCUGGAUCAGGCGCCGCGACAGCCGAGGCCAAGUUCCUCGCGCUGUUGGCGGCGGCCAACAUCAAGGUGGACCCUGCCGAGGCCCGCGCUGGCUGCGCCGCCGCUGGCGACAGGCGCAGGAGCAAGUCCACCCACCUGACGCCCCGCCAGAGAAGCUCUCGCCCAGCGGCGAGGGGGCGGGCGUUCUCGGCGUGGUCGGGCCCGGAGGCCGUGGCGGAGAGACUGCCGCUUGCGGCGGGCCGUUAGCCGUCGGCCGUCGGCUCGGCAGCUGCCGCCAGCCGCUGGGCAAAUAUUCCACCACCGCCAUUACCAUAUGUAGGACGGGGG